AUGUCAAACCCGACGCUGAUCUAUUCCGUCAUGUCGAAGGGCCAAGCACCUAAGCUAUAUACUGAGCUGACGAAUGUGAAAGGGGCGCGUGUGGUCAACAAUUACGAUGGUACAAAUAAGGAGAUUGGGAGAUUGAUAGAAACAACUCUCUUUAUACCAAAGGGUACAACGCUAGCUUUCGCAGUGCCUAAAGGCGUCGGGGUGAGAGUUAGUCGCCCCAUCCUCAACGCUGACGGAAGCGAGGGCGGCACUGAUCGAAAAAUUGUGAAGCACCAAAUUGAUGAUGAGCACUAUUGCAUCAUCGUAGCGGAGCAGGACGGCACUUCCACCACUUCAAUUACAAGCCGAUCCGGCGUGAUGUAUAUGUUGAUUCAUUUAGAAGAUGCCGUGCCCACAAUUGGGGUCAACAAUGUUCUCUCGUUGCUGGGGUUUUAUAGCUCGGGUUCGAGGGAAGAGUCGCAACACCUGUUCUUGGAGCACAAUACGGAUUUCCUUAAACUCGGGACGUCGCUAAGUGACGCCACAAAUGACCUUCCCGUUGAGCUGUGGUACAAUGAGCAGUGGGUUUGCACUUUUCAACGGACGGUUCAAAGAGGAACUUGUUACUAUUCCUGUCUGAGCUGGCCACCACAAUCUUGUUCAUACAAUCAUACGCGGGUUUUAAAAAUAGAAGAUUCAACUUAUGUGCACAAAAGAUUGGCAAGUUGGUAUCAGACGACUAGCCCUCACCCUACUUGGGGUGAGGUGAGCGGCCUGUGCUGUGCUUUUGAUGGCGACAGUAGCUCUGACUGCAACGUUGUAUGUAAUGGUGUCAUGUCCCAGGAUCCUAUCAUAGUUGCGCUGGGGGGGGUUCCGACUGCAGGGGGAGUAAAAAAAGUGCUCGCUUCAAAUAAUCAUGGAACGUCGCACGCUUUGUUUGGCUGGCAGGAGAUCCGUCCAGCAGAGUCUAAGGAGACCAGUCCGGUAGGGUCCAGGAUUGGAGCUACUGUGAACGGACAGCUAAUUUAUCACAAAGAUACAACGUAUGGAGGGAGGGGAUGUUGUCUAUCCUUGGUGAAAUGUAAGGGAAAUAAGUACACACCAGGAUGGUCCAUUUGCAGUUACGCAGAUCACUUUCUUGAACCCCCUUCGGAUUGCUGGGGUUUUGUGUCAUUCCCAGUCCCUGGAGGCAUGGCUAUCCUGAACUUGCCCAGAAUCCUGGUAUUUGUGGCAGCCUUUUUUGCCGUGAAUAAUGGCUACUUCCACAUGACCACAGCAGCGGCAGUUGCGGGUACGGUUGCUGUGAUGAUGAAAACUCUGAUCAGUGAACCCACAAUCAAUAAAUGGAAACAUCUCUUUGUCACCAAUGCAGCCUGCUGCAAUGAUCUGCUUGCGCUCCACAACAGAGAAUGUGAGAGAGCAUUUAAGCCAGGGGAGCUGUCAAGAGAAGGUUUGUGCGCAAGGCUUGGGGUUUACCCCUAA